UAAAAAAAAAUCUAUCGGUCUCUUGUUUGUUAUGUGUUUGCCGCCAGCUUCAAAAAGAUCAAACCCUAAUUAAGCUGCUCAAUUCACAAAAUAAUAGUAAUUAUUGAUUAAAAAUACUCAGAAAUUAAGAAUGCAAGAAAGGUCAGAAGAAGAAGAGAUGGUGACACCAGGUGAAAUAUUGGGGAAAGGAACUGAUUUAAUACCAGGAAAGGGAGCAUACUUGUCACGUGACAACCACAACACUGUUUACGCUUCUCUCACCGGCCGCCGCUCUCUCAUUCCUCCCCCACCCGAUUCUCCAGACCAGAGGCCAAUCGUUGAAGUGAUUGGACACAAAGCCCAUGGUCCUGUUCCCGAGCCAGGUUGUGUUGUUAUUGCACGAGUAACAAAGGUGAUGGCUAGGAUGGCUUCAGCAGAUAUUAUGUGUGUUGGUUCAAAAUCAGUUCGAGAAAAGUUUUCUGGUAUCAUCAGGCAACAAGACGUCAGAGCAACCGAGAUUGACAAAGUAGACAUGCAUACAUCCUUCCGUCCUGGUGACAUUGUGAAAGCUUCAGUCAUCUCUUUGGGAGAUGCUCGUGCAUAUCAUCUUUCUACUGCACAGAAUGAGCUGGGUGUUGUAUCAGCAGAAAGCAUGGCAGGGGGGACAAUGGUUCCAAUCAGUUGGACAGAGAUGCAGUGUCCACUGACAGGCCAAAUCGAGCAGAGAAAAGUUGCUAAAGUUGGAGCCUGAAAUCUACAUUUUUAUGUCCAAUCUCAUUGCAAAAGCUUAUCUAUUUGGAAGAUUAGCCCCAUAUGAAUUGAGCCUUGAAUCAUCAAUGGUUUGUUGUCAAUGUUGGUAGACAGUUCUGUUACGGUUUGUAUAUGUAGUCUUUUAAUAGUAUGGAGAUGCUACUCAGAACUAGAUUUAAGGGCAAGUUUUUGUACCCUUCCCAAUUUGAUUAGAGUUUUAUUUUUUCAGGCCUUAUAAAUUUAAUUGAUUGUUAGGCUUUUCGUUCCCCGACUUUAUUAUGGGUGUUUAGAUUUCAGAUUUGCUCUUUUGCAGUGGUUAUUGUGACCUAAGAAUCAUAACCGAAUGAUUGGUAACAUUAUACUCUACUCUCAUUCCUUGUUUACGACACAUUAUCCCUGGUAACCAGGUGGGCGAAAUAGUUCUUUAUGGGUCUUGAACGUUUCUUUUUUAACGGUUAUUGAAUGUUUUGAUGUUUC